CGGCGGCGACGCCGCCGUGCGGGCGUCACGUGGCUCCCUCCUUUCCAUCUCCGGCUAGCUGGGCGCGGGCCACUGCUAGCGAGGCGCGUGGAACCUCGCGCUGGUUCCCCUUCGUCUCCUCUCCCGCCCCGGGCCACUAAGAGUUCACUGACUCCGUGUGAGCCGACCCUGCCGCCAAAAUGCCGGCCUAUUUUCAGAGGCCGGAAAAUGCCCUCAAACGCGCCAACGAAUUUCUUGAGGUUGGCAAAAAGCAGCCUGCUUUGGACGUUCUUUAUGAUGUUAUGAAAAGUAAGAAACAUAGAACAUGGCAAAAAAUACACGAGCCAAUCAUGUUGAAAUACUUGGAACUGUGUGUCGAUCUUCGCAAGAGCCAUUUGGCUAAAGAAGGAUUAUACCAGUAUAAGAACAUAUGUCAACAGGUGAACAUCAAGUCUCUAGAAGAUGUGGUCAGGGCAUAUUUGAAAUUGGCAGAGGAAAAAACUGAAGCUGCUAAAGAAGAAUCCCAGCAGAUGGUCUUAGACAUAGAGGAUCUGGAUAAUAUUCAAACUCCUGAGAGUGUCCUCCUAAGCGCUGUCAGUGGUGAAGACACUCAGGAUCGUACCGACAGGUUACUUUUAACUCCAUGGGUCAAGUUCCUGUGGGAGUCGUACAGACAGUGUUUGGACCUUCUUCGGAACAAUUCUAGAGUAGAGCGUCUCUACCAUGAUAUUGCCCAACAAGCUUUCAAAUUCUGCCUCCAAUAUACCCGUAAGGCCGAAUUCCGUAAGCUGUGCGACAAUUUGAGAAUGCACUUGUCUCAGAUUCAGCGCCACCACAACCAAAGUACAGCAAUCAAUCUUAACAAUCCAGAGAGCCAGUCAAUGCACUUGGAAACCAGGCUCGUUCAGUUGGACAGUGCUAUCAGCAUGGAACUGUGGCAGGAAGCAUUCAAAGCUGUGGAAGACAUUCACGGACUGUUCUCCUUAUCCAAAAAGCCGCCUAAACCUCAGUUGAUGGCAAAUUACUAUAAUAAAGUCUCAACUGUGUUCUGGAAGUCUGGAAAUGCUCUGUUUCAUGCAUCUACACUCCAUCGCCUUUACCAUCUGUCUAGAGAGAUGAGAAAGAAUCUUACCCAAGAUGAGAUGCAGAGAAUGUCCACGAGAGUGCUUUUGGCCACUCUUUCCAUCCCUAUUACCCCCGAACGUACUGACAUCGCCCGGCUUCUGGACAUGGAUGGCAUCAUAGUUGAGAAACAGCGGCGCCUCGCGACACUGCUGGGUCUUCAAGCGCCACCCACGAGAAUCGGCCUUAUUAACGACAUGGUCAGAUUCAAUGUGUUACAAUAUGUUGUCCCGGAGGUGAAAGACCUUUACAAUUGGCUGGAAGUAGAAUUUAACCCACUAAAACUCUGUGAGAGAGUCACAAAGGUUCUAAAUUGGGUUAAGGACCAACCUGAAAAGGAACCGGAACUGCAACAGUACGUCCCACAGCUGCAGAACAACACCAUACUCCGUCUUCUGCAGCAGGUGGCACAAAUUUAUCAGAGCAUUGAGUUUUCUCGUUUGACUUCUCUGGUUCCUUUUGUUGAUGCUUUCCAACUGGAACGGGCCAUAGUAGAUGCAGCCAGGCACUGCGACCUGCAGGUUCGUAUUGACCACACUUCUCGGACCCUCAGUUUUGGAUCUGAUUUGAAUUAUGCUACUAGAGAAGAUGCUCCACUUGGUCCUUACUUGCAAAGCAUGCCUUCGGAGCAAAUAAGAAAUCAGCUGACGGCCAUGUCUUCAGUACUUGCAAAAGCACUGGAAGUCAUUAAACCAGCUCAUAUACUGCAAGAGAAAGAAGAGCAGCAUCAGCUGGCUGUUACAGCAUACCUUAAAAAUUCACGAAAAGAGCAUCAGCGUAUCCUGGCUCGCCGUCAGACAAUUGAGGAAAGGAAAGAGCGGCUUGAGAGUCUGAAUAUUCAGCGUGAGAAAGAAGAACUGGAGCAGAGGGAAGCUGAACUGCAGAAAGUACGGAAGGCUGAAGAAGAGCGGCUGCGGCAGGAGGCAAAGGAGAGAGAGAAGGAGCGUAUUUUACAGGAACAUGAGCAGAUCAAAAAGAAAACUGUUCGUGAGCGGCUGGAACAGAUCAAGAAAACAGAACUGGGUGCCAAAGCAUUCAAAGAUAUCGAUAUUGAAGACCUUGAAGAGUUGGAUCCAGAUUUCAUCAUGGCUAAACAGGUUGAACAACUGGAGAAAGAAAAGAAAGAACUUCAGGAACGCCUGAAAAAUCAAGAAAAAAAGAUUGACUAUUUUGAAAGAGCUAAACGUUUGGAAGAAAUCCCUUUAAUUAAAAGUGCUUACGAAGAACAGAGAAUUAAAGACAUGGAUCUGUGGGAACAACAAGAAGAAGAAAGAAUUACAACUAUGCAGCUAGAACGAGAAAAGGCUCUGGAACAUAAGAAUCGAUUGUCACGGAUGCUUGAGGACAGAGAUUCGUUUGUGACUCGACUCAAGGCAGCACGGCAGUCUGUUUAUGAGGAAAAACUUAAACAGUUUGAAGAACGACUAGCAGAAGAAAGGCAUAAUCGCUUGGAAGAACGGAAGAGGCAGCGUAAGGAAGAACGCAGAAUAACCUACUACAGAGAGAAGGAGGAGGAGGAGCAGCGGAGGGCAGAGGAGCAGAUGCGCAAAGAGCGGGAAGAGAGAGAACGUGCUGAACGGGCCAAGCGUGAGGAAGAACUUCGAGAAUACCAGGAGCGGGUCAAGAAGUUAGAAGAAGUAGAAAGGAAAAAACGCCAGAGGGAGUUGGAAAUUGAAGAAAGGGAGCGCCGCAGAGAGGAAGAGAGAAGACUUGGUGAUGACCCCCUUUCCAGGAAGGACUCGCGCUGGGGAGACCGAGACUCAGAAGGCACGUGGCGAAAGGGGCCUGAAGCGGACUCCGAGUGGAGGAGAGGCCUGCCGGAGAAGGAGUGGAGACGCGGAGAAGGGCGGGAUGAGGAGAGGCCGCAUAAGAGAGACGAAGACCGCCCGCGGCGGCUGGGGGAAGAUGAGGAGAGAGAGUCUUCCCAAAGACCAGAUGACGACCGGGUUCCCAGGCGUGGCGUGGACGACGACAGAGGCCCCAGGCGUGGUCCUGACGAAGAUCGCUUUUCUCGCCGUGGGACAGACGAUGAGCGGCCCUCUUGGCGUAAUGCCGAUGAGGACAGGCCUCUCAGACGAGUUGGCGAUGACGACAGGCCUCUGAGACGAAUUGGUGAUGACGACAGGCCUGUCAGACGAGUUGGCGAUGAGGACAGGCCUCUCAGACGGAUUGGCGAUGAGGACAGGCCUCUCAGACGAAUUGGUGAUGAGGACAGGCCUCUGAGACGAAUUGGUGAUGACGACAGGCCUCUCAGACGAAUUGGUGAUGAAGACAGGGGCAGCUGGCGCCAUGCGGAUGAUGACAGACCCCAUAGACGAGGACUGGAUGAAGACCGAGGAAGCUGGAGGACAGCCGACGAAGACAGAGGACCAAGACGAGGGAUGGAUGAGGACCGGGGACUGCGGCGAGGCGGUGCCGAUGAUGAGCGGUCAUCCUGGCGUAAUGCUGAUGAGGACCGGGGUCCCAGGCGAGGCAUGGAUGAGGACCGGGGUCCCAGGCGUGGGCUGGAUGAAGAUCGAGGAACUUGGAGGAAUGCCGACGACGAUAGAAUUCCGAGGCGCAAUGCAGAUGAUGACAGGGCUCCUUGGAGAAACAUGGACGAUGACCGGAUCUCAAGGCGGACGGACGAUGAUCGGCUUCCCAGCAGAAGGGGCGAGGACUCAAGACCUGGUCUCUGGAGACCAUUUGUCAAGCCAGGUGGAUGGAGAGAGAAAGAAAAGGCCAGAGAAGAGAGUUGGGGUCCACCUCGAGAAUCAAGACCAUCAGAAGAUCGUGAAUGGGAUAGAGAAAAAGAAAGAGAGCGAGAGGGUCAAGAUCGAGACGAGAGCGGCAAGGACCCCGAGAGAGAAAGGGACAGAGAGAGAGACGGAGAUCGGGAGGAUCGUUUCAGACGGCCUAGGGACGAGGGUGACAGGAGAAGAGGACCAGCUGAGGAAGCCUCAAGCUGGAGAGAUUCAGGUCGCCGCGACGACAGGGACAGAGAUGACCGCCGACGGGAGAGAGAUGAUCGCCGUGACCUAAGAGAAAGACGGGAUGACCGAGACCGCAGGGGGCCUCCUCUCAGAUCAGAGCGGGAAGAAGCAAGUUCCUGGAGACGUUCUGAUGACAGGAAGGAUGACCGGCCAGAAGAGCGGGAUACGCCUCGUCGUGUGCCUCCGCCAGCCCUUUCCAGAGACCGGGAAAGAGACCGAGACCGAGAGAGAGACCGAGAAAGAGAAGGGGAGAAGGAGAAGGCCUCGUGGAGAGCUGAGAAAGAUAGGGAGUCUCUUCGUCGUACUAAGAACGAGACUGAUGAGGAUGGGUGGACUACAGUGCGACGUUAAGUCUCAGAGCGACGGACUCAGACUCCUGUCUCACGUAGGUUUGGUCCCAUCCGAGGAUUACUAUACUUGUGCUUCAACCAAUCUAAAUUGGAUUCGUUAAUGUUGUCUCACCGUAACACAAAGCAUGAACUUGUACUAAUCCUAUAUAAUAGAUCGAUCAUGCACCGUUUCCACAGAAGGUUGGAAAACCAUGCCAUUUUCUGGAAUUUAAGGUGUUGCAUUAUUUCAUCAAUCACUUGUUUACAAAAAAGGAAAAAUAAAAAAUAAAUUUAAAAUGUGAACCCUUCAGGUUUUGAGUAAUACCCGUAUCUUGGUAUAGAACUGAUAUUUUUUUUUGAUUUUUGAAAUAUAUUAAUUUGGAAUGAGGUAAGGUUCUAUUAUAGAAAAUGUAUUUCAAGACUAAAGCAAGGGGCUAAAGUAAUUGUCACACCAUUAGCAGCUGAGACAUGCCUCUAGGUGUUUGGGGUACCAACUAAAUACAAAACGUUUAGAUUCACUCUGAGUGCAGUAAACUUCACCAACCUUGGAUGCAGUGGGAUUUUCUGUAGAUUUUUACUUGAGAAAAGGUGAGUAUAAAGCAAUCUGCAGUUGUUGUAAUGACAAGAAUACUGCUCACGUGUGAAUCCAAGAGUUAUAGCUUUUAAAUUUUAAAGUAUUUGGUAAACCUUUGCUGAGUUUUUUUUUUCUGUUGCCAAUAGCAAACUGCUUUUCCAUUAAUGGAGAAUUCAGCCUUUCAAGCAUUUUAAAUAAGACAAUAUUUAUAAGUGUGGUUUGGAGGAAUUGUUUAAAUUCUUUUUCUUAAUUUCAUUUCAGGAUAGAUUCUUUCACCAAGUAAUUUGUAGUAACGACUGUGUUGACUUCAAUUUUGGAGUGUAGUAGCUGUGCUCAAGAUUAACUUUGGUCUCAUUGAAGCCAACACAGAACUUGCUGCUGUGUUUUUUCUUUAAUGAUAAAUAAAAUACUUACAGAAUUUG